CACAGCAUGUAUGUAUGUAUGUAUGUAUGUUUGUAUGUAUGUAUGUAUGUAUGUAUGUAUGUAUGUAUGUAUGUAUGUAUGUAUGUUAUUCGAAACCCAAAAAUGCGAACGCCAAGAAACUUUUUCAUCAUCAACCUAGCAAUCAGUGACCUAACUCUCUGCUUAUUCACCCAACCAUUCAAUAUGGUGAAGUUUCUAAAUUACAAAUGGCAGCUGGGAUCGGUGAUGUGCAAGCUAGUCCCGGUCUGCUCCGCUACUAAUUUCUACGUCUCCACGAUCAGCAUAACUGCCAUUGCUUUGGAUCGAUUUCAGGUCAUAGUUUACCCAACUUUGACCCCGGCCAGUUCAAACAGGUUCGUCCUUGUGACCCUGACCCUUAUCUGGGUGGUGUCGGCACUUAUGUCCUUACCACUGAUCAUAUUCUACCACUUGAAGCCAUUUAGACUGUGGUUUCAAGACAUGUAUGAUGUUAGUAUGUGUAUGUGCGUGGAGAAUAGCAAACUAUCAAAGAUCAGGAAGAUUUACUCGGUGGUUUCAAUGCUGCUGCUCUACCUGGCCCCCAUCAUCGUCGUCACGGCAUCUCACAUUCUGAUCAACAAAAAGCUAAAAAACCGAAUCAUAAACAAGCCGCGAAAGUCUAACUUAAACUGCCGAUUCGAAACGAGACGAGACGAACCUUCCAAAAAAACGAAAAACCGCAAAACUGGUCUACUGCUAAUAACAAUCGCAAUUUUUUUUGCAGUCAGCUGGUUACCCCUUAACAUCUUCACCCUCCUGUCAGAUUUCAAUAUAGACUUCGCCCUCUAUUUGCAUGAUAUAACGGGUCAUACCAUUGCGCCGGCGUGUCUCUUGAUGGUCUUGAUCUCGGCCUGCGUCAACCCCUUAUUGUAUGGAUGGCUGAAUGACAAUUUUAAGGCUGAAUUUAAAGAAGUGUUGACAUGUUGUAAGAGGAAAAGAUGUGGUUGA